GGCAACCACUGAACCAAUCGGAAAAAACAGAAACCAAAUCCAAGCCAUAGACAAAAUACUCACCCAAUCAAACGAAAAUGGAUUCUUCCCAGGAGAAACAACGACGCCACUAUCGCUAGUCUCCUCUAGCCUUUCUCCGCCAUUGCUCUGUUCUUCACAUCCUCCCAUGGAAACUUUCCUUUCCUCUCAUUCCCUCUCUUCCCCUUUCUUCAACCCAAAACCCUAUUUCCCUCCACCUUCAAUCCAUCUCCCCAAACCCAUCAUCACUUGUUCCACCAGCAGUAGCCCAAAGAAGCAGACUUUAACGUCUGUUAAAUCCUCCUUAGCAAUACCCAGGAAUUGGUUGGUUCAUGCCCAACAAGGAAUUGCAGCUCUCGCUCUCUCCUUGGCGCUCAGCUUCACUCCAGUGACGGCCAACAAUGCUUUGGCUUCAGAGUUCGAUGUGAUCAAUGAAGGCCCGCCCAAGGAUUCUUACGUGGUGGAUGACGCCGGUGUGCUCAGUAGAGUCACCAAGACCGAUCUCAAAAAUCUCUUGUCCGAUUUGGAGUACAGGAAGAAGUUCAAGAUCAACUUCAUCACUGUCAGGAAGCUCACCAGCAAAGCUGAUGCUUUUGAGUAUGCAGACCAAGUGCUCGAGAAAUGGUACCCAAGUGUUGAAGAAGGGAACAACAAAGGGAUUGUUGUCCUGGUAACUAGCCAAAAGGAAGGCGCUGUUACAGGAGGGCCUGCAUUUGUGCAAGCUGUUGGAGAAAGCGUGCUUGAUGCUACAGUAUCAGAGAAUCUUCCAGUUUUGGCCACGGAAGAGAAGUACAAUGAAGCACUUUUGAGCAGUGCCAAGAGGUUAGUGGCGGCCAUCGAUGGUCUCCCAGAUCCUGGCGGUCCGACGGUGAAGGAUAACAAGAGAGAAUCCAACUUCAAGACCAAGGAGGAGACGGACGAGAAGCGAGGGCAGUUCACUCUAGUGGUUGGAGGUCUCCUGGUGAUUGCUUUUGUCGUUCCCAUGGCUCAAUACUAUGCUUACAUUUCCAGGAAAUAGGGUCGGUGUACUUCCAGUCACUCGAAUCCAUAAUCCACAUUUGUACAAAGUAUUAUGGCCAAGUGGAUGAUGGCCUCUGUUGAUUUCCUCUGAUUGAAAUGUUUAGAGAGCAACUGUGUUUUUAUCUUGUUGUGAUGUUUACAGUUCAUGUAAACAUUUCCAGGUCUUUUGAGAAAGAAGCAAAUUGAACAUCAAGACUUUGUAUUUGGCGCGAAACAACUCACUCUAAUGAGUUUGGUGCGUUUAUAAAACAGAGUGUUGGCUGCACUAUGCUAGACCGUUUGAUUAUCACAUGUAGCGAGGUCCAAGUUCAUUUAGAAACCAACGUAACCAAAUAACUUCACUAACUGUGCUAGCUAUACUCGAUAAUUAGAUUGAGCUCAUGAUCAGGUGACGACAAUAUGCUUCUUCGUGCGGCGUAACACUGGACUAUCAACAAAUUUAAUGAAGUAGCAUGAGGCUGAAUGCUAGAUAUGUUGACAUCCAAUCUAGUCAACGUUACAAUAAGCAUUCACGUCAAAGACUUAGAUUCGUUGCACCAUCGUGGUCGAGGCAUGAUAAAUAAACAUCUUGAAACUUG